AAUAAAAAACCCGCAAACCCUAAAACCCACCCCAAGAACGUUAUAGAGGCCGCGUCUGCUUUCUUCUUCUUCUUCUUCUCAUCAGUCUUCUCCAUCUCCACGCCGCCGUAGCCAUGGUGAACGUUCCGAAGACAAAGAAGACCUACUGCAAGAGCAAGGAGUGCAAAAAGCACACCUUGCACAAAGUCACACAAUACAAGAAAGGAAAGGACAGCCUUGCUGCUCAGGGGAAGCGUCGUUAUGAUCGUAAGCAAUCGGGUUAUGGAGGUCAGACCAAGCCAGUGUUUCACAAGAAGGCCAAAACCACCAAGAAGAUUGUGCUGAGGCUCCAAUGCCAGGGUUGCAAGCAUGUGUCGCAGCACCCAAUCAAGAGGUGCAAGCACUUUGAGAUUGGAGGAGACAAGAAGGGCAAGGGAACCUCUCUUUUCUAGACGCACCAUUUUGGUUUUAUCUUUUGUUUUUUUGCCUUGUCAAUUUUAUGUUGAACACCAAAGUUAUCGGUGAGACUCAGUUUUUGCUUUCAAUCGAGAUUAGCUUUUUGACUGCAUG